CUAGCCCUUUUCCCCAUCGCCUUACGCCAAGGGUAGUGGGGUGUGCACAGACAGAAAUCAACCCAUGCUUAAACGUUUAUUUUACUUUAUGCUGCCAUAUUUUUUGUGACUUUUUUUUUUUUAAACAUAUUUCCCCACGCAAAUUUGUAACGUGUGAAGGCUGUUCCCAAAAUCUUACGUAACUAAAUACAAGAUGAUCGACACAGUGGCAGGACCUGGAACUCUCUCCUUUGAUGCUCAGCUGAAGGCUCUAAUGGAUCUCGAGAGCCGGUAUCAGCCAAAGUUGAGCGGUCUGAGGCUCCUUGAAGGGGCCCAGGAAAAUGGGCUCAGGAUGACCGCCAGACUCAGGGACCUGGAGGUGAAGGACCUGCUCUCUCUGUCCAGAUUCUUCGGUUUCAGCUCGGAGACGUUCUCAUUAUCACUCACCUUGCUUGAUCGAUUUCUGUCAGUAAUGAAGAUUCAACCAAAGCACCUUUCCUGUGUUGGCCUGUGCUGCUUUUACAUAGCUGUGAAGUCCUCAGAAGAGGAAAAGAACGUGCCUCUGGCCAGCGACCUGAUCCGCAUCAGUCAGAAUCGCUUCACAGUGUCUGACAUGAUGAGGAUGGAGAACAUCAUAGUGGAGAAACUCUAUUGGAAGGUGAAGUCUCCCACAGCCCUCAGCUUUCUGCGCUUCUUUCACAAACACAUCCAGGAGCAGCUCGACACUGAGAGUAAGACUGUAUUGAGUCUUGAGAGACUGGAGGCCCAGCUUAAAGCUUGUCACUGCUCAUUUGUCUUCACAAAAAUAAAGCCAUCUCUGCUCGCUUUGGCUCUUCUGUGUUUUGAGACCUAUGAACAACAGGACCCUGAGCACACACUCAAAAUAUCAGAAGCCUUGAAAAGUCUGCAGCAGCAUUUGAGUAUCAAAGAUGGGGACCUGAUUUGUGUGCGGGAGUUGGUUGGAAAAUGCCUGGUGGAAUAUGCCACCACCAAAUGCUGCAAGUCCAACACCCAGAGACUUCGCUGGACAAUUUCUGGAAGAACAGCUCGUCAGCUAAAGCACAGCUACUACAAAAUAGCUCAUCUUCCCACCAUACCCGAGUCAGCUUGUUAGAGUCCCCAGGUAUAAACUUGAGGCAUACACAUGCAAACAUCCCCACCUGUCUAAAUUAUCCAAUCUGAUUUGAUCCAUCUACAGUUCCAAACUUCUGCUCACCCACCUUCAGCCUAUCAUUUUCCUUAUAGAUCUUCAACAGUCAGAUUUUUUUUUUAAGGAAAAACAAAAGAUAUUAAAUAAACAUUACUGAAAAUAAUCAUCCCACAUUAAUCAAGUACACCAUAUCUACCCCAGGUACAAGGAGUAGUGGUUUGUCAAACAUGUAAAUCGAAUGUCAUCCGAUGCUGUUUGACUUGUUUGCACAAGUGUACAGUAUGUUCUCAUUUAAAUCCGUAACAAUGGUAUUAAAUAUUUACUGGAACGGGUUUGCUGUUUUAAGCUAAUAAGUAUAGAACCACCUAGGUCCUCAGUCCACCAUGUGGAAGAGGAGGGAGAAGGAUUUUGUAAACAGCAAAAAUGGAACCAAGAAAUCGGACCCGAAAUCCUUAACUCCCACCCUAGGUUGCUAAACUGUCUUGAUUGCACACUCCUACCCAAGGUGAUGAAAGAAAAAUCUUUAUAUGUAGCAAGGGAGAUCUGUUUUUUAUUCCAGUGAAGUGAAUCUAGUGAUGCUGACAGCUUAAAGGAUAACUACACCCUUUAAAGCGUUAAAGCUGUUACACAAGUUGUUCUUGCAGAUUACCAAUUUGUGGACACAGUAAAGCACCACAUGACUUAUCACUUACACAGGGAACACUGAAAAUUGUAACUUGCAGUGGAAAGCCGGUUGGAAUGUUCUUGCAUUUUCUUUGCCAGUUUCUCUUAAGUACAAUUGUGAUUUAGGAACAAAAAAGAGUGUUCUCUAAUUCAAAGUGGCCACGUGAACACAUCUACUUUGCCCAUGCCUGUACCUUUCAAUAAAAAUGUAUUGAAAAGCUA